GACGUCCUCCGGCAACAGCCGACUGUGGUGCGGGUGCCGGCACCAUGCAAGGUGUUUGGCGACGUGCAUGGGCAGCUCCGCUCGCUGCUGCUGCUGUUCGCCUCGUUUGGCUUCCCAAGCCACUUGGCCGGGGACGUACAAGGGGUGAGCUACAUCUUCAACGGCGACUUUGUCGACCGCGGCGUGCACCAGCUCGAGGUGGUCGCCCUCCUCUUCGCCCUGAAGCUCGUCUACCCCGAGCGCAUCUAUCUGCUGCGCGGC